CCGCCCACCUCAUCUCUCUCUCUCUCUCCCUCCACCCUGCGCUCUGCCGCCAUUACCACGCCUAUCCCCCUUCCAUUCGUCUUCCCCCUCCUUCCCUUCGCGCCUAGGGGCGGAAGGCCGCCGUGCCCGUUCUUCCCAGCUGCAGCAACCGGCCAGUGCGCGCGGUUGCGUUGCAUUUGCAUGGCUGCGCGCUGCGCUCUGGGAGCUUGCACUAGCGGGUCGGCGGCCUAGGCGCGGGGCAUCUUUCGAGUGCGUGCGUGUCUGUUCAAGCUCUGAUCGUCUCUCCGGCCCAUUCGCCGGAGGAAACUGACCGCCGCCUUCUCGCUCUCGCUCUCUACCCUAUUCCCGGGGCUGAGAGGGGAGGAGAGAAGGCCACGUCCACACCAUAAAGCAGGACGUACAGACACGUGUACGAGGGGGAUCACGGUCGGGUGAGGUGACUAAGCUGGCGGACGGAACGACGACGAUGGCGAGGAGCGGCGGCGGGAUGGAAGGCAGCGGCGGGCUGAAGAAGGGGCCGUGGACGCAGGCGGAGGACAAGCUGCUGAGGGACCACGUGCGGCGGCACGGCGAGGGCAACUGGAACGCCGUGCGCCGGGAGACGAGGCUGCAGCGCUGCGGCAAGAGCUGCCGUCUCCGGUGGGCCAACCACCUCCGCCCCAACCUCCGCAAGUGCCCCUUCUCCCCCGAGGAGGAGCGUCAGAUCCUUCUCCUCCACGGCCUCAUCGGCAACAAGUGGGCGCGCAUCUCCAAGCACCUCUCAGGAAGGACGGACAACGAGAUCAAGAACUACUGGAACACGCGCUUCAAGCGCCGGCAGCGCGCGGGCCUGCCGCCCUACCCGCCGGACGUCGAGCGGCAGAUCAAGCUGCUGCGCGCGCAGAACGUCAACCCGUUCGCAGACGCAGACGCCGACGCCGCCCACGCCAACGCCAGCGCCGGCCUUCCGGCGCCGCCGCUCCUCUACGACGUCGGAAACCCGUUCGCGUUGCUCUCCAGCAUACCGUCACUGUCGCAGACGGCCUCGCACUCGCACUCGCCACUGAUCAACCAGAACUACCCGCUUCUGAACCAGAUGCAGGUGUUCCACCACCUCGGCGGCAGUCAGCAGCCGUCGUUCCACCAGGACGGCAGCGCGGCGGCUUUCGGUGACAUCGUCUCCUCUCGCCUGCCGCCACUGCCAACCGCCAGAACGCAGGCGGAGCUACAUUCGAACCAAUUCGACACCUCCAUCAGCGGCGGGCUGGUGGAUCAGUCGAUGCUGAUCGGCGACGAACACCUGCUGCGGCCUAACCCGAGUAUGGUCAAGGUCUCCUCCAUGCCCGCGCUCUCCUACCGUGAGCCGGAUGGGUCCAGGAUGCUGCCAGCCCAUGGCGCCGGGAGCGACGGCGACGUCUCCUCGCUGGGGCAAUGCCCUCCGGGACAGGACCUCCACCGUGGUGCGACAUGGGACUUCACCUUCGAAUAGGACGAACACGAACGUGCGUACACGCGGCACAAACACGAUGAUCAUCGUCUCACCAUGUGGUUGCAUGCAUCGGGAAACCAAUGCGUUUUCAGCGGCCGUGAAGCCGGCGAAGAGGAGGACGGCGAGCGAGGUGGGGUUCUCCGACAUGUUCGCCGUCGCACCGCCGGGGGAUUGGUUCGGCGGCGGGUCGACGGCGCCAUCGCCGGGGCCGUCAUCGGCCGUCACCGACGAAGAGUUUAACCUGGAGAUGCAGCAGUUCAUGUCAAUGCUACCACUGUCUGACGAGCACGGCUGGAACGCAUAAUGCGGCCGGGUAAAAUGGAAAUCGAAAACUGUGUAGAGCGUGUGUCUCCUUGCUUCUGCGACGAGAAUGGUGUGCGCAUUGUUUUUGUAAUGUGCCCACUCUUGGAUCUUUAUCUGUUCUAGACGUCGAUUGAGUUUCAAACAUUGAUAAUGCUAGGGCACCAUCGGCGUGGGAUAAACACAAAAUAAUCCAAGAAUUCACUGCAACAACUGCUGUGCACCUUCGUAAA